AUGGAUGUAUUGAAAAACCUGGGCAAAGUAUUAGCGACAAGCACACGUCCGAUCGUUUCCUCGUCGCCGCGUGACAGGCCAUCAAGUGUCGCAGGUGGCCUUGAGCAGGUCCAAGAGCAAGACGAAGAUGACGACGACCUGCCCAUGCACCAGCCGCCUAGGCUGUCCCUUCCUGUUGACGAGGAGGACGAUUCAGACUUGAUGCCACCGCAAUCUGCAGGCAUGGAAAAUGCACCCAACACAACACCGCGUGUCGAGCUUCCCAGACGAGCUCUGAGCGAACAGCCCGAUCGAUUUUCUCGCCCAAGUUUCGGAAGCAUGCGGGACAGCGAUGUUUUCGAUGUCGACGAGCGCACAGAGGACCUUGGUCGACCGUCGGACUUUUUCCCUGGGCUCCUGGAGGAUCUGCAGGCCCAAGCCAAUUCUGCUGCUGCCGACCCAACGCUGACUCGGGUGGAUUACGAUGACGACCGACGGUCGACGUUGGGUGGCAGAGAAAGCCAUGUUGGGCUUGACAUACCUGCCGAUACGGCUGACCAGACCACCUUUCUCAUGUCCGAGCCGCCAGCAGAUGGGGAAAUCGCAUCUUCCAUCCGGGGCGAUCCAUCCAAUGAUGAGGCGGUCGCUUACAAUGCCGCGAGUGCACAUGUGGGUGGCCGCGUCAGCGUAGCGGACCAGCCUGAAGAAAAAGGCCAUGAAGAAAUAGUCGACGUCUACGACGAAUCAGAUUCUAUUGCCAUGUCAAACGCGCGAAUUGCCGAGCCGUAUGAUGAGGAUAACAGGGAGGACGGCAAUGAGGGCGAUGAUGGCGAGGAUGGCGAGGAUGGCGAGGAGCAUGACGAGCACGAGAGUGUACCCCGGGACAAGGGUCCAGUAGCUCAACCCACUUCAGUCUCCAAGCCAAGUGCCCGAUCAAAGCCAAAGAAGCGGCUACGGCGAAUAUCGAAAUUCGGCAUCGAGUUCCCGCCUUUGCCUCCCACGUUUGUCAAGCGAGUAGCACAGACAGCACUCCACUCGUCUGGCCUAAGCAACCCGCGCGUGUCUGCAGACACCCUCACAGCGUUGACGCAGGCUUCGGAAUGGUUUUUUGAGCAGCUGGGCGACGACCUGGGUGCUUAUGCGAACCACGCCAAGCGAAAGACCAUCGAAGAAAGCGACGUUGCCACACUGAUGAAACGACAACGCCAAAUUACGUCGGACGCGACCAUGUUCUCGCUUGCGCAAAGACACCUGCCACGAGAACUGUUACAAGAGUUGAAAAUGCCCGUACCUCCUGGAGGCAGGAUUCCUCGCAAACGAGGACGGCAUGAUGAAGACGACGACGAUGACGACGGAGGUGAAGAGAGCUCUGAGAUGACCUGGACACAGAGCUCAUGA